GCCGGCAGUGAGCACACAAGACACCUUGCAAUGAUCUCGCUGGACCUCAAUUUCAACAUUUUGACAAGGGACCUGUCUCAUUACCUGGAGAACCAAGUCAAAGUUGGACUCCUCGGCUCGGGAGUUGGACUGUCUCUGGUGCUGGGUUUCAGCGCAGCCUACACCUGCUACUAUCUCAUAUCCGUAGCCAAGAAGCCGCAGCUCAUUUCGGGAGGCAAGAAGUUCUGCCAGUUUUUGCGCGAGCAAUGUCCCAUAGUGUCGGAGACCUACUACCCCACCUUUUGGUGCUGGGAGAGCCGCAUCCAGACUCUCCUCAGACCAUUCGUCACAGCAAAACCCGGCAUCGUCUAUAGGAAUGAGCUCAUUAAGGCAGCAGAUGGAGGACAGAUCUCCCUGGAUUGGUUUGAUAACGAUGACAGCCUCGCUCAUCCUGACCCGGCCUCCAGACCCACAAUCCUCCUCCUCCCCGGCCUGACCGGCACCAGUCGAGAGUCCUACAUCCUGCACAUGGUCCAGCAGAGCCGGGACCUGGGCUAUAGAGCGGUGGUCUUCAACAACAGGGGAGUGUCGGGGGAAACUCUGCUGACGCCACGGACCUACUGCGCCGCCAACACCGAGGACCUGGAGACCGUUAUCGAGCACAUCCACACUACAUAUGAGGUCGCUCCCAUCAUGGCGGCGGGUGUGUCCAUGGGCGGGAUGAUGCUCGCUAACUACUUGGGGCGCAAGGGCCAAGAAACGUGCCUGAAAGGGGUGGCGGUCUUCUCAGCGGGAUGGGAUGUAUUCGAGUGCACGGCUUCGCUGGAGAAGCCGCUGGACCGUUUCCUCUUCAACUCCUACCUCACCAGCUGCCUUCAAGCCUCCGUGCACAGACACAGGCUGGUGCUCGAACAGUGCUACGAUAUCGACCACGUAAUGAAGGCCAGGACCAUCCGAGAGUUUGACGAGAGGUUCACGUCCAUCAUGUUUGGUUACGCCACCAACGACGACUACUACCACGACGCUAGUCCCGUCCACAGGUUGAAAUCGGUGCAGGUGCCUAUGCUGUGUCUCAAUGCUGCUGACGACGUCUUUUCUCCAUCUCACGCCAUCCCUGUGGAAGUGGUGAAGCAGAACCCCAACCUGGCCAUGCUCAUUACCUGCCACGGCGGUCAUAUUGGCUUCCUGGAGGGCCUGUGGCCAAGGCAGAGCACCUACAUGGACCGAGUCUUCCGACAGUUUGCCCGGGCUGUCAUCGAGCAAGGAAGUGGACUGGAAGACCUCACCUGAGAGGACCUCUACCAAGUGUCCCCCAGUCCCUCUAGUUCUUUACUAGUUUCUUUACUUCUGUCUUCAUGCAUUCCAUUUUGUCCUGAUUUUUCUGUCCUUACCUCCUUCAACCCUCCAACUUCCUUGCAUUCUAUCCUUUGUCCUUCCCUCACUGCAUUCCAUCCAUCCUUCAUUCCUUAUCCUACUUUCCUCUAUUGACUUGCUUUCACCUUUGUCCUCCAUGUAUCCGUCCUUUUCUCCUUCCGUGCCGAAACGUAAAAAAAAACAAUUGCUCUGAUUGUAAGGGCACAUCCUGUUAACUUCUUUCAACCUCAUUUAGUUUUUCUAAGUUGUAAUUUGUGACCAUGGCUUCAUUGAUGUUUAGAACAAUGAUCGGUCACAUUAGCUAGCUGUAAACAUAUUUUGAUACAAGUACUGUAGCAAAUAAUUCAAUCACGUACAAUACGCCCUUUAGCGUUCAUCCGUAGAAUUUUAGCCCUCAGGAAUUUCAUUUCUUUUUACUCCGGUUUCAUUUUAGAGGAAUAGUUUCACCUUUUGGCACUUUUUCUCCAUUUUUCGGACCCCUAAUAUUCAACACUCCUGCACUAGUUGUCCGUUAGACUACAGCUAAUGUUAAAAUAGGGCUAGCUUGUGCUGAGUUAGAAGUGACCAAAAAUAGUUCAGUUCAACCAUAAAAGUACUAAAAUAUAUUAGUUAUUAUUAAAUUUACAAGUGCGUAAAGCAACUAAGCAGAUCCUUGAUCCCGCCCACCUUCUCUUGAUUGACAGAUGAACAAAUUUACAAAAAAAAUUAGAGAUGUCCGAUAAUGGCUUUUUUGCCGAUAUCCGAUAUUGUCCAACUCUUAAUUACUGAUUCCGAUAUCAACCGAUACCGAUAUAUACAGUCGUGGACUUAAAGGCCUACUGAAAUGAAUUUUUUAAAUUUAAACGGGGAUAACAGAUCCAUUCUAUGUGUCAUACUUGAUCAUUUCGCAAUAUUGCCAUAUUUUUGCUGAAAGGAUUUAGUAUAGAACAACGACGAUAAAGUUCGCAACUUUUGGUCGCUGAUAAAAAAAGGCCUUGCCUAUACCGGAAGUAGCGUGACGUCACAGGAGGAAGGAUUCCUCACAAUUCCCCGUUGUUUACAACGGAGCGAGAGAGAUUAUGACCAAGAAAGCGACGAUUACCCCAUUAAUUUGAGUGAGGAUGAAAGAUUUGUGGAUGAGGAACGUUAGAGUGAAGAACUAGAGAGGCAGUGCAGGGUGUAUCUAUUUUCGCUCUGACCGUAACUUAGGUGCAAGGUCUCAUUGGAUUCCACACUUUCUCCUUUUUCUAUUGUGGAUCACGGAUUUGUAUUUUAAACCACUUCGGAUACUAUAUCCUCUUGAAAAUGAGAGUCGAGAACGCGAAAUGGACAUUCACAGUGACUUUUAUCUCCACGACAAUACAUCGUUGACGCACUUUAGCUACGGAGCUAACGUGAUAGCAUCGGACUCAAAUGCAGAUAGAAACAACAUUUAAAAAAACCCUGACUGGAAGGAUAGACAGAAGAUCAACAAUACUAUUAAACCAUGAACAUGUAAAUACACGGUUAAUAAUUUCCAGCCUGGCGAAGCUUAACAAUUGAAGCUAACUACGGAGCGGCGGCGGCGGCGGGUGUUGUAGCUUUCCACGACACCCCGGCCGCCAUCAGAGUCAGCAAGAAACAUAUUUCCCCAAAGUUACGUACGUGACAUGCACAUAGCGGCACGCACGUACGGGCAAGCGAUCAAAUGUUUGGAAGCCAAAGCUGUACUCACAGUAGUGCGUCUUGUAUCCAGCUCAAACACAACACAACCUCCUGAUUGUGUUGCUGUAGUCCGCUGCUAAUACACCGAUCGCACCUACAACUUUCUUAUUUGCAGUCUCCAUUCUCCAUUAAACAAAUUGCAAAAGAUUCACCAACACAGAUGUCCAGAAUACUGUGGAAUUGUUCGAUGAAAACAGAGAAGUUUGUAUGGUGACACAUUGGGUACGAAUACUUCCGUUGCCGUCGUGACGUCACGCGCAUACGUCAUCAUGCAUAGACGUUUCCAACCGGAAGUUUAGCGGGAAAUUUAAAAUUGCACUUUAUAAGUUAACCUGCCCGUAUUGGCAUGUGUUGCAAUGUUAAGAUUUCAUCAUUAAUAUAUAAACUAUCAGACUGCGUGGUCGGUAGUAGUGGCUUUCAGUAGGCCUUUAACACAUUAUUAUGGCUAAUUUUGUUGUGAUGCCCCGCUGGAUGCAUUAAACAAUGUAACAAGGUUUUCCAAAAUAAAUCAACUCAAGUUAUGGAAAAAAAAUGCCAACAUGGCACUGCCAUAUUUAUUAUUGAAGUCACAAAGUGCAUUAUUUUUUCUAACAUGCCUCAAAACAGCAGCUUGGAAUUUGGGACAUGCUCUCCCUGAGAGAGCAUGA